UUGAACGGAAUGACAGAUACUCAAAGGCUACCGUUGUGUCCGUUUUGAGUUUGACAGAUCGGAAGUAAAUUGGUUAUUCAUUCCCGAUCGUACGUCAUACAUGCGCAUGGUAAUCUAUGAAUUUAGGCGUAUUCAACAGGGUUAAUCUCAAGGAUUCCGGAGGUGGAAUGUAUUCAGAAUGGGCUUCCCUGAGUUCACUGAUUCAAAAUGGUUCAGAGGAGAGUCAAAGCGUUUUAGAAAAGUUUCACCCGAUAGCUGGGCGAGAAGUGGCCUUGUCUAUCGUGCGACAGCUUGCCACAAAUCUGGGUAUAACUCAGGCAGCUGAACACAGCCCAUUGAGUACGGAUCGAGAAGUUCAAUGGUGUAUGGAAGUCAUUUGUUUCGGACUUUCUUUACCGCUAGCGGAGCACGACACCGUUAGAGAUUGCGUGAAUGUUUAUUGUGAAUGGCUAUCUGCUUUAUAUUCAUCCCCAAAGAUUUCUGUACCACGACCCAUUGUGGAGGACCCCAAUUUUUAUGCACGAAAAAUUAUCAGCCAUUUUCAUAAUUUAUUCGUACCUAGAAAAGGCGAAGUCUGGCCUUUUUUGUAUCAGGACUUAGGAGCUGAUACAAUCAACAGGCAAGCUGUGCUAUGUCACAGAGUGCUUAGAACUUUGCAGCAAGUUGCACGAGGUCCAGCAACUUUAGAAAGAGAAACUUGGGAAAGUCUGUUGCUUUUUUUGAUUGGUAUAAAUGAUGCAUUGUUAGCACCCCCAGCAGUGAGGGAAGAUGCGGGUGAACAGCUGUGCGAAAGAGUACUUGGCGUAUUAUUAGAGGUAUGGCUAGUAGCCUGCGAACGUAAUUUUCCCUCACCUCCGCUAUGGCGUACAUUACGAGAGUCUUGCUUACGAUGGCGUCACAGAUUAGCCCUAGUCGAGCAGUGGAACCGCGUAUGUUUGGCUUUGACUGCAAAAUUACUGCAAAUUAUGUACGGCCCAAUGUUUCCUGAAUUAAAAAUAAGUGACGAAGAUGUUCAUCUGGUACCUCCAACAAUGGCUGAAGAAGCUGUGGCACAAGCAUGGUACAGAUUACUGCGAACCGUUGGUGAUCCUGUAGAUUUAUGUAGACCAGCGGUAGUUUCACAAACUCAAGCAUUUUUACAAUAUGCAAUCGCUAGUCCGAACGUUGUUGAUCCUUGUCAGCAUCCUUGCUUACAAGGUUUACCACAAAUAUUUUUAAAAGCCAUCAAAGGUAUUGCUGGUCAAGUCGAUGCUUUCCUCGGGGUAUCACAGGCUUGCUGCUGGGAGGAGUGUUGUGUAACAAGUGUUGCCUCUGGAAGUGGUGGCAGUGGGGGUGUGGCAGGAGACAAAACUAGUAGUAAAGAUCAGCCUCAGCCCUCCCCCACUCCUCCAACACAACGAAGACUGGCCAAAAGCUUCAGCGUUACACCCUCUGCUGUUACUAAGGGGAUUCCAAAAGCUUCUCUAAUUGGAUUAACGACAAGUCGCAUAUCCAGUAAUCCACCUGCAUCUACACCUAACUCUGGUCCUUCAUCAACUUCGAGCAUUACAUCCGUUGCUUCUUUAGGGCAAGAUAUUCGACCACCUCUAGCACCCGGAAGGCCAAAGUGUAACAGUAUAUUGCAUUUAUUCGGAGAAUGGCUGUUCGAAGCAGCUUUUAUAGGCACUGAUGGAUGGUCACAAAGUCUGCCACAAACACAUGUUACAGAGCCGUCAGGUGCAUCAAAACGUCCAUCAUCUGUUCUGGUUGAUGGACCAAGUUCAUUGCAAGAAUCUACAAGUGAAAUUCCACCAUCGCUUGGUAUUGACCGCUAUGAAUCAGGCAGGGCUGAAGCUAUGGGCGCACUUUGUAGAAUUUUUUGCGCUAAAAAGACGGGAGAAGAAAUUUUACCUGUUUAUUUAGCUAGGUUCUACCAAGCUAUGUAUCAUGGUCUCAAGAUCAACGAAACUCGAGAAUGCGGAGAAACGUUGGCGAGUAUUUUACUGAACUCAGCAGAUUUAUUCAGACUAGAUCUUGAUGGAGUACAAGUAUUAGUACCAGCUGUUAUUUCUGCCUUGGAAAUUGUACUUCCUGAAAAAGAGCUAAAAUUGAAAUCUAAUGCUGUAUCUCGAGUUGAACUGAGACGAGCCUCUAUACAUUUAUUAAUAUCAAUGCUGACUCUUCCACUGAAUCUGCAGAACCUUCCCAUACGAGAACUACCAUCUUUAACGGUGAUAGGCAACCAUGAAAAAAGUCCAGUGACAUUUGUACAAUUGAAACCAAGGCUUAUGAACUUGCUAAUUAAUGCAUUACAAGUCGAAUCGGAUCCACUAAACACGCACAUGCUAUUAGGUGGACUAAUGUUAAGCGUACAAGACUCUGCAGCUGCCGAAGAGGUUGAACAAGUUAUGCAACCUGAUACCAUCACCAGUGACACAACGACCAAUUUGCUUUCAUCAGUCGCCAGUGAUUCAACAAGUCAAGUAAGCAUUUCCAGUGAUCUACGUUCACUUGGAGAUAGUUCUGAUAUUGUGACCCUUCAGGAGGAAAGCAUUGCCUUUGAUUCAGCACAUGCUCUUUUUGUACGAGCAACAUAUUUGGUUUGUCACAGAUUAAUUUCAUCUUGGAAAACGGAUUUGAAUAUUUCAUUGGCAGCACUUGAAUUACUUGCGGGUCUGGCGAGAACACAUAUUCGUGAAACAGCAAGGAAGCUCACAGAUGCUCUAGAAUGUAAGCGUGCAGUAAAAUGGCUGUGUGACUACAUUGCUUACCAAUGCUGGCGACCACCACCGGCACAUUCUAAGGAUUUACAUUCGUCUAUUGUGGCAGCAUUCAGUUGUCUGACUACAUGGCUAUCUGCCCAUCCUCAAUUGUUACAAGACAAAGACUGUCUCACAACCGUACUUGAAGUAGUAGAAUUAGGUGUUUCUGGCACUAAAAGCAUAGGGAAACCAGGAGAACCGAUCAAAAUGAAAGAUGAAAAAGAAUUGAAACCAGCGUCAAUGCGAGUGAGAGAUGCAGCUGAUGCGCUUCUAACAAUUAUACUAGAACAGGUCGGUUAUUUUCCAAGUGCCUGUGGUGCACAAUCUCUUUCUUCCCUGCUUGAUGAAGUUUCGUUACUUCGCCAUUGUAAUAGCUGGACUGGUGGCAGAGUAGCUCGCCAAGCUGCGGUUGAAAGAUUCCGUUACUUUGUUGCCGAAAAUGCUACUAUGUUAGCUCUUCUCGAAGAACCAUUAGGCAAUGAUCAAGACCCACAACCAACUGUGACCGUGUUGAUUAGAGGUCCUUUCGGUCGUCAUGCUUGGACUAUGCAACUCCGACAUCUGCCUCGGCACAAAUCUAGCGUGAGAAGUAUGAACACAAAUCCUGGGCGGCCGUUACCUUUAGCAGAGGCUGCCCCACGACCAGAAUAUAAACCUAGAUUCUUCCCAGAUAAUGUUGAUCGUAUUCCUCACUGUAGAGUGGAUGAGUCAAUACCAAGUCUGGAAGCGGUUAUGAAUGAUAAUGAUGUGAUGAAGAACGAACACAAUCUUUUAUCUCAAUUACUUGAUCGACAAAUUAAUCUGGAAUCAAAGUACAGCAAUGAUUUUAACAAAACUAUGGAUGAUAAGGUUGAAGAAUGUGCACCGCCAAUAAUUUGUCAUGAGUUCCAAACAGCUAGGCUUUUCUUGAGCCACUUUGGUUUUUUAAACCUGGAUAAUAAUGAUAACGAAAAUUCAACUACGAGCGGUCUUACAGCUCUAGACCCAACAAUGCCAGGGUUCUGCAUAGACUUGGAGAACUUGGAUCACACAAGUCCAAGGACCUGUGAUACAGUCCACAUAUUUUACGUUCGAGCUGGUCAAAAGUCUCCAGAUGAAAUACUUUCUAAUGUGUUACAUGAGACAAAUGUUUCUCCACAUUUUCUGGAAUUUCUGAGCUCUCUUGGCUGGCCAGUCUCGGUAUCAACCCAUGCAGGAUGGACUGGUCAUGUUUCUACUUCAUGGCGAGCUACGUUACCAAUUAAUGUACCUCAACCAGCCCACAGUGAUCAUGGAGGAGCUUUAUACAACGGUGACACUCACAUUUUGUACUGGGCUGAUGUCAGCUCAGAAGUAGCGUUCAUAGUCCCAACACAUUCGGUGGGAAAUAUGACUUCUGAUUCCAUGGAUGAAUCGAAUUAUAAUAGUGAUAUUAGUGGUAGUCAAGCUUGGUUUGAGCGGAGCAUCAGCGAAAGUACCAGUUCUCGUCCAUAUUCAGUAAAUCAGUCUGGAACUCCAAACUCUCGAGCUAUGUCACUUGACCUCGACAAACAGCCCCCGAGCAUACCAGGCUCGGGUCCAUCUAGUACAUCAAGUGCCGAUCCGAUUAAACCAAGACGAAUUACAAAGCAUUCUCUCCCAAUGCAAACUGAUACACGAAUAUUAGUUGUUUGGUUGGAAAGCCUAGAGGAUCACUUGCAAUUUCCCAUUGCUGACCUUCUAGCUUGCACUAACACUGGACUCGAACAUUCGAAUGGUGUCAGACCUUCUGACGUACAAGUGAUUUUUCUACAUUCAUUGUCCAGUGGCCUAAUGAGAGUUAGAUUGCAAGGUCCUGUAUCUAGAAUAAAUUUAGCUACGCCUCUGGUCGAUGGUAUGGUGCUUUCUCGAAGAGUAUUGGGUACAUUGGUAAGACAGACCGCCUUGAAUAUGGGUCGAAGACGAAGGCUGGACAAUGAUAGCUACCAUCCACCGCACGUCCGAAGGCGGUUGAAAGUCCAAGACAUGGUGCAAAAAUAUCGAAGUAAUCUUAGUCAACCAGAACUGUUGACAUUUUUAUUUAGUAGUCCACAAAAUUAAAGAACCCUCCAUUUUUUAGAACCUUUUUUUCGACAUGAUAUUGUAUAGGUGCAAUCGUGUAGCUCUAUAGGCUACGAUAUUAUUUCUAACAAGUUUAACAAACUCAGUCAGAACUGAGAGUUCGAACGAUAAAUUUGCUAACAAUAGCAUUACUAUCCGUAAUAUUACAUAAAAUGCGGUACUAAUAUUCAGUCGAUGCUUCAAGUAACAAACAAAGCAGCAUACAAUACAUUAAUGCGUCUACCAAGAACCAAGUACCCAUUCCACAUUCUUAUCAGAACAGAUUAAGACAAUGCAUAUGAAUUUAUGUAUUCUAAGAGAAUCUCUACAAUCUAGACCUAAUAGUUUCCUGACGUUACUUUUAUGACGUUUUUUUUUUAUCAAGCAUAGUUGCCUGGCACCGAUGGAUGUACUGUUAGAUUAUUCCGACUGUUACCUAUUUUCACGUUUAUUUUUUCAGCCGUACUCGAUACUGAUCCAUUAUUUUCAUCGGUAACACCAUUGAUUGACUAUAUCUAUGAUAAUACUUACGUAGUAUGGUUGUUCAAUGGUGAAAUUGGCAUCCCAUCAACAAAUGUAUCAAUUAUUGUAUGGAAGUUGUAUGAUAUACCCUCACAGUAUGUAAAACAUAUAUUAUUAUAUUAUAUAUAGCAAUUUAUAUUUAUUAAUAUAUAAGAGAUGAAAAAAA